GUAUCAUGUGUAUUGACGAUGACGCUCGUUAUAUAUAAUCUCGUUUGACAUAUCGAAAUAGUGAAUAACAAAGGAGAAGUACAACAGGAUACCAACUCCUCAAAGCGUGUCGGCGUUCACGCGGUUAUGCUUCUGCGCAUACAAACACGCGCAUAUAUAUAGGGUGCACGUAAGCAAAUGUAAUUGACAAGUGGCGCCACGUAACGUUUAAUUUAGUAAGUGCAUCCGUGCGUUUUCUUUCGAGCGGGAGGAUUUGGCUCUAAAUAUUUUCAUCGGAUAUAAAGGCACAAACGAUUUCUAACGAACUUGAUCAUUUUAUUAAGACAACAAUUUAAUAGAAAUGUCAAGAAACGCAAACGGUGAGAAUGAAUUUUCUGAAACGAAAGAUGGAGUGUCGGUUUUAAAAGCAGACGAAGCGUUCUCGUUGAAAUUAAAAAUUCUCUCUGAACACUUUAUCCAAAAGUAUGAUAGGGAACCUACCUUUGUAGUCAAGGUUCCUGGAAGAGUUAAUUUGAUCGGCGAGCAUGUCGAUUAUUGUGGAUAUGCAGUUUGUCCUAUGGCGAUCAAACAACACGUUCUCAUAGCUGUUGGGAUAUCAAAUGAUCAUAGAAUCAAUGUUACCAAUGUUAAUUCGGAUUAUAAAGAUUUUUCAUGCGAUUUGGAUAACGUGAGAGAUUCAAUCGAUGAUUCUACAACGGGACCAAUUUGGUACAAAUACUUUUUAUGUGGUAUCCUGGGUGCUCUCGAUGUUAUCCCAAAGGAGAAAGUUCCUAAGGGAAUCUUAGCUGCCGUAUGGGGUAACGUUCCAGCUAAUGCUGGACUUUCUAGUUCCAGUGCCUUAGUAUCGGCAUCUGUUCUUUCAUUGUUUCAUGCUAGUCAGUAUCAAUUGUCAAGGCGAGAUUUAGCAACGAUCAGUGCAAGAGCUGAAAGAUAUAUCGGAACGCAAGGUGGUGGGAUGGAUCAAGCAAUUGCAUUUUUAGGAAAAACAGGUGCUGCCAUGUUGAUAGAAUUUAAUCCUUUACGUGCAACCGCUGUUACGUUACCUGAAAAUGCUGUUUUCGUGAUAGCGCAUAGCCAAGCUUACCACAACAAAGCAUCGACCGUUGAUUUUAAUCUAAGAGUAGCAGAAUGUCGCUUGGCUGCUCAGAUAAUAGCCAAAAAAAGAAAUCAAAAUUGGGAAAGUGUGAAGAGAUUAAUCGACGUACAAGAACGUCUCGGUUUUAGUUUGAAAGAAAUGGUCUCCGUUGUGAUGGAAGAUCUCCAUGAAGAAGCUUACACCAUCGACGAGAUUUGCGAGUGUCUUUCCACAACUUACGAACGAUUAAAGGAAACAUCUCAAAUUGCUCCCUUUGAUACUUCGCAAUUGUUCAAACUUAAACAACGAGCAUUACAUGUGUUCCAAGACACAUAUCAUUUAUAUUACAAUAGAUGGGGAGGAUGUAUAGUAGCUAUCAUUUUGAAGGACAACAUUUCUCAAUUCGUUGAGAAAAUUCGAGAACAUCUCUUUGAAAGUUGUACAAACAACGGACUUGAUUUGGAGGAUCUGGUAUUUCCUACGGAACCUAAUCAAGGUGCUGCCAUUUAUAUACUUUAG